GCAAACUCUCACUUCUCUUGAACAUCAACGAAAAAAAAUCGAAACGCUUACAUUUUAAUGGCAUCCGCCAUGAUCAAACCUGCCGGUGAGAUCCAAAAUCUCAUCUUUUCCCAAAACCUAAAGCUCACUCACCUCGCCCGUUGUGGCCGCAUCGACGAAGCCGUCAAACUUUUCGAAUCCAUGCCCUCCCGCAAUGCCGUUUCCUGGAACUGCAUGAUCUCUGCUUUCGCCAAAAAUGGUCGAGUUGCAGACGCACGCCAUCUAUUCGAUCGCAUGGCCUCCAAAAACCUAAUAUCAUGGAACACCAUGAUCGCCGGCUACUCCCACAACAACCGCUUACUCGAAGCAUCGCAGCUGUUUGACGAAAUGCCCAGAAGGGAUAGCUACUCUUGGACCCUGAUGAUAUCUUGCUUCUCCCGCCAUGGGGAGCUGGAGAGGGCAAGGCGGCUCUUUGAUUCCAUGCCUGGAGUAAAAACUCCAGUUUGCUACAAUGCAAUGAUCGCGGGAUAUGCGAAGAAUAGAAGGUUUGAAGAAGCCAUUGUUUUACUGAAUGAGAUGCCUGUGUCAGCUCGGAACAUGGUUUCAUGGAACUCGGUGCUCGCGGGGUAUACGCAAAACCAGGAGAUGGUGAAAGUUCUGAACUUUUUCGAAGAGAUGCCAGAGAAAGAUGUGGUCUCUUGGAACCUUAUGGUUGAGGGGUUUCUUCAGGUUGGAGAUCUUGAAUCAGCUCUGACAUUAUUUAGAAGAACUCCAUGCCCAAAUGUUGCUUCUUGGGUGACAAUGUUAAAUGGAUUUUCAAAAAGUGGGAAAAUUGAAGAAGCGCGGAGAUUGUUUCAUCAGAUGCCAGAAAGGAAUUUGGUUGCAUGGAAUGCAAUGAUCUCUGGUCAUGUUCAGUUUUUGCAAAUAGAAGAGGCUCGCAGGCUUUUCGACGAAAUGCCUGAGAGGAACUCUGUGACUUGGACCACAAUGAUUAAUGGCUAUAUUCGCAUCAGGAAGCUCGACAAGGCGAGGGAGUUGCUCAACGCGAUGCCUUUCAAGAACGUCGCUGCACAAACCGCAAUGCUAAGCGGGUAUCUUCAGUGCAUGAGAAUGGAAGAAGCUGUUGAACUGUUUGAGAAAAUUAGUACAAGAGAUGAUUUCUGCUGGAACGCAAUGAUCUCAGGAUAUGCGCAGUGUGGAAGAAUGGAUGAAGCGGUGGAUUUAUAUAAGAAGAUGCCAACAAAAAAUGUGUUUUCAUUGAAUACUAUAAUUGCCGGGCAUGGUCAACAAGGAGAAAUGCAUAAAGCCAUGGAGGUUUUCAAGCAGAUGAGAGAGAGGGACACAGUAACUUGGAAUUCCAUUAUCUCCGGCCUCACACAAAAUGGAUUUUACUUUGAGACACUCAAGCACUUUGCUUUGAUGAGAAAUGAGGCAAGAAAACAAGAUUGGUGUACAUAUGCCUGUGGUCUUACUGCUUGCGCUUAUCUUGCUGCUUUGCAGAUGGGGAAGCAGCUUCAUCUUCUUCUCUUGAGAAGUGGUCAUUUUAAUGACUUAUUUGCUGCCAAUUCUUUGAUAAAUAUGUAUGCAAGAUGUGGAAGGAUAUCAGCUUCUAAGCAGGUAUUUGAUGAAUUGGUAUCGGUAGAUCUCAUUUCAUGGAACACACUGAUUCAUGGCUAUGCAUUGAAUGGAUUUGGGAGGGAGACAAUAUUGGUUUUCAAAGAAAUGGAAGCUAAUGGCUUUAGACCUGAUGAGAUCACUUUUGUUGGAGUUCUGUCAGCUUGCAGCCAUGCAGGGCUGAUAGAUGAAGGAUUAAAGUAUUUCGAUUCCAUGAGGAAAGAUCAUUCUGUGGAACCUGUAGCUGAACACUAUGCUUGUGUGGUGGACUUGCUAGGCCGGGCUGGGAGAUUAGAAGAAGCACACAAACUAGUUACCCAAAUGGCUGUGAAACCAAAUGCUGGUGUUUGGGGUGCGUUGCUUGGAGCAUGCAGGAUGCAUGGAAAUCCAGAUAUGGCGAGCUUCGCUGCGGAGAAACUGUUUGAAAUUGAACCUCGUAAGACUUCUAAUUAUGUUUUGUUGUCAAACAUACAUGCUGAUGGUGGGAGAUGGGAAGAUGUGGAUAGAGUGAGGGCUUUGAUGAAAGAAAUGGGAGUACAGAAGCAGCCUGGUUGCAGCUGGAUUGAUAUAAAGAACGAAGUUUGUUGCUUUGUUUCUGAUGAUUCUAUGAAGUUCAGAACAGCAGAAGUUGGCUUUGUGCUUGAGAUGCUGUGUGGCCAUACGAGAAAUACAGAAAUCAUUUAUUGGUCAUCAUUUUUAGAUUGUGGAUGACUAGUUUGGAGAGCUAUUUUGCUGAAAUCUCAGGCUUCUCUCAUUAAGGAAAGAAUACUCUGCUAGAGUUCAAAGCAAGCUUGUUCAGCUCCGCAAAGCAGUCACUUUAUUAGUUUCAGAAUUUGCAGCACUUCGCUUCAGCUGGCAACGGCAGGAUCGCCAGCAUACAGAGACCCCCACAACUUCCAACUUCCCAGUUCGCGCUCGUUCUCACUCCGAUACAGUCGCGAUUAGGUCCAGCGGGGAACGGAGUUGGUGUGCGCGAUCGGGACAGUCACAUGACAAGCGGAGCAUAUUGAAGCGCUAGUCGUCGGCAGGAUGUGGCAGGCACGAUUGGCACAGAAGGGUUGUAUGCCAGGUGCGCCGAGUGAACGAGAAGGGGUUCGUCGUCAUUGUUAUGAUGGAUGCGGAGGGGAUCAAGAUCCAUAUGGGGACAUCUCAGCGAGUUCGCUUCCGUCAAGGCAGAGGAUGGUGAGGUUUGGACUUCUACUGUCACAUCUUUAAAAGCAUCUCUUCCAGAAAAAUCUACUAAUGUGAAUUGUGAUGGUUUUGUUGAAGAUGUUAUUAGAGUUGGCUGUGAACAUUUCUAGGAUGGUGGAAUGGUCAGAUUUUAGGUGAUGGAAAAAAUUGGUGCAAAUACACCGAUCCAAGAUUGCUAUUGCUAAGGACCAACCUUAUUUUUGGCGAGAUGAUAGUCUAGUGUUAGAGCGCAACACCAUGCUCCCUAUCAUUUUCUCAAAGGUAAAUGAAAGAUUAUGCCUGUCUUAUAGACCUGUGGAUUAAAAGAUUUCU